AUGUUCUCAAAGGUGAUUUGCGUCGUCGCAUUAGUGUCUGUGGUCGCGGCACAGCACGGUCAUGGUCAUGGUUAUGGGCACGCGUUCUCAUCGCAGCACAUCUCAAGACACGACGGACCCGCACACAAAGUGGCAGUACACGGUGGUGGACACGGUGACGGCCAUGGCGAAGGACAUGGUCAUGGACAUGGGGAUGAGGGCCACUAUGAUUAUUAUGCGUACCCUAAAUAUGAGUUCGAGUACAAAGUAGAGGAUCCCCAUACCGGAGACUUCAAGACACAGCACGAGCAUCGCGACGGUGAUGUCGUCAAGGGUUUCUACUCCCUGCAUGAGCCUGAUGGUUCCACCAGACACGUCGAUUACCAUGGCGACAAGAAAUCUGGGUAAAUUCAUAUUUUAUUUAAAUAAAAAACGUCCAUAACCAACUAGCUCUCGUGCCAGUUUCUAGGUGUCUUUUAAUUUGUGAACCCAAGUUUGAUUCUCGGUUGAAAAAUUCAACUUUUCUUUAUUGUGUUGGAUCUACAUGCGUAGCAUGAUGAACUUUGAGAAAUUUUUGUCUACGCCCACACGAUAUCGCAGUCUAGACCUGAAAAAAAUGACAUUUGGUGUAGGCAAAGUAUUUCCAGAGUUUGAUAUGCUACGUGUUCUGGUACCUGUUUUAUGGUAUCUUUGUUGUUACAGAUUACCAUAAUACAAGAAUAUUUGCUAUUUCAUUUGGAAUAUGUACAACGUUAACACCCCUAUUAUUUAUAUAUGAUCAUGAAAAUACAUAUCGUAGUUGUGGUAUUAUAUAAAAUAUAG